AUGAGGCCGCGCUCGGGCGGGCGCCCAGGGGCCCCGGGCCGCCGCCGCCGCCGCCCCCGCCGCCCCCGCGGCCCCCGCGGCCGCCGCCUGCCGCCGCCGCCGCCGCUGCCGCUGCUGCUCGGGCUGCUGCUGGCGGCCGCGGGGCCCGGCGCGGCGCGGGCCAAGGAGACGGCGUUUGUGGAGGUGGUGCUGUUCGAGUCGAGCCCGAGCGGCGACUACACCACCUACACCACCGGCCUCACGGGCCGCUUCUCGCGGGCCGGGGCCACGCUCAGCGCGGAGGGCGAGAUCGUGCAGAUGCACCCACUGGGCCUGUGUAAUAACAACGAUGAAGAGGACUUGUAUGAAUACGGCUGGGUAGGCGUGGUGAAGCUGGAACAGCCAGAAUUGGACCCGAAACCAUGCCUCACUGUCCUGGGCAAGGCCAAGCGGGCAGUGCAGCGAGGAGCCACUGCGGUCAUCUUUGACGUGUCCGAAAACCCAGAAGCUAUCGAUCAGCUAAACCAGGGCUCAGAAGACCCGCUCAAGAGGCCAGUGGUGUACGUGAAGGGUGCAGAUGCCAUCAAGUUGAUGAACAUUGUCAACAAGCAGAAAGUAGCUCGAGCAAGGAUUCAGCACCGCCCCCCUCGACAACCCACAGAGUACUUCGACAUGGGGAUUUUCCUGGCGUUCUUCGUUGUGGUCUCCUUGGUCUGCCUCAUCCUUCUCGUCAAAAUCAAGCUGAAACAGCGGCGCAGUCAGAAUUCCAUGAACAGGCUGGCUGUGCAGGCUCUGGAGAAGAUGGAAACCAGGAAGUUCAACUCCAAGAGCAAGGGGCGCCGGGAGGGGAGCUGUGGGGCGCUGGACACGCUCAGCAGCAGCUCAACGUCCGACUGCGCCAUCUGCCUGGAGAAGUAUAUCGACGGGGAGGAGCUGCGGGUUAUCCCCUGUACUCACCGCUUUCACAGGAAGUGCGUGGACCCGUGGCUGCUGCAGCACCACACCUGCCCCCACUGUCGGCACAACAUCAUAGAGCAAAAGGGCAACCCGACCGCCGUGUGCGUGGAGACCAGCAGCCUCACACGUGGCCGGCAGCAGAGGGUGAUCCUGCCGGUGCACUAUCCCGGCCGCGUGCACAGGACCAACGGCAUCCCGGCCUACCCCACCCGCACGAGCAUGGACUCCCACGGGAACCCCGUCACGCUGCUGACCGUGGACCGGCACGGGGAGCAGAGCCUCUAUUCCCCACAGACCCCCACCUACAUCCGUGGCUACCCGCCCCUCCACCUGGACCCCAGCCUGGCCCCUCACCGCUGUGGCCUGGAGCACCGGGCCUACUCCCCAGCCCACCCCUUCCGCAGGCCCAAGUUCGGCGGCCGCGGCUUCUCCAAGGCAGCUUGCUUCUCCCAGUAUGAGACCAUGUACCAGCACUACUACUUCCGGGGCCUCAGCUACCCAGAGCAGGAGGGCCAGGCGCCGGCUGGCCUUGCACCCCGGGGCCCAGCCCGUGCCUUUGCGGCAAGCAGCGGCAGCAGCCUGCUCUUCCCCACCGUGGUGCACAUGGCCCCUCCGUCACACCUGGAGAGCGGCAGCACGUCCAGCUUCAGCUGCUACCAUGGCCACCGCUCGGUGUGCAGCGGCUACCUGGCCGACGGCCCGGGCAGUGACAGCAGCAGCAGCAGCAGCAGCAGCAGCUCCGGCCAGUGCCACUGCUCCUCCAGCGACUCGGUGGUGGACUGCACCGAGGUCAGCAACCAGGGUGUGUACGGGAGCUGCUCCACCUUCCGCAGCUCCCUCAGCAGCGACUACGACCCCUUCAUCUACCGCAGCCGGAGCCCUUGCCGCACCAGCGAGGUGGGGGCCGUGGGCGGCUCAGCCCGGGGGCCCGUGCUAGGCCUCGAGGGCUCCCCGCCGCCUGAGGACCUCUCGGCGGCCCACAGUCAAGGUGCUGGGCGAGGAGAGCCUUGGCACGGCCCCUCCUCACCCUCCGGGGACCAGCUGUCCACCUGCAGCCUGGAGAUGAACUACAGCAGCAACUCCUCCCCGGAGCCCAGGGGGCCCGCUAGCUCUACCUCAGAAGUGGGGCUCGAGGCUUCUCCUGGGGCAGCCCCAGACCUCAGGAGGACCUGGAAGGGGGCCCGCGAGGGGCUGUCGUGUGCCUGCUGCUGCGAGCCCCAGCCCUCCGCCCUGGAGCCCAGCGGCGGAGUGGCCGGGGGCAGCACAUUGUUCCUGGGCCCCCCGCUCUGUGAGGCCUGUGGCCCCACGGGCAGGGAGGCGCAGCCAGGAAGCUCCCAGGGCCUGUACGGCCUUCACCCGGACCAUUUGCCCAGGACAGAUGGGGUGAAAUACGAGGGCCUUCCCUGCUGCUUCUAUGAAGAGAAGCAGGUGGCCCAUGGCAGCGGCGGGGGCCGUGGCUGCUGCGUGGAGGACUGCUCGGUCAGUGUGCAGUACACGCUCGCCCAGGAGCCCCCGCCUGGCUGCCCCCCAGGAGCCUGGGACUUGAGCCAGCGCAUCCCCAUCAUUCCGGAGGAUGUGGACUGUAACUUAGGCCUGCCCUCGGACUGCCAAGGGACCCAUGGCCUCGGCCCUUGGGGUGGGACACUGGGCCCGGAUGUCCUGCGACCCCACUGCAGCCUAGGAGCCACCCAGGAAGAAGAGCCGAUUCUGUGCCACCAGGCCAGGGCUCCACUCUCGCCCGGCUGCCCUCCGGAGGGUGCAGAGGCCCCCGGGGCCAGCUUCCCUGGUGCCCCCCAGGACACUCAGGAGUCCAGUGCCACCGCCCCUGAGGCUGCAGGACAGAGAUCUCGCCCAGCAGACAGUGGCACAGGAGCCUGAGCUCAGAAGGAACUCUUACGUGGAAAUGGGGACAAUAUGGAGACUCCAAGCUCUGACUUCCUUCAGAAAAAAAUCUUUUUUUUUUUUUUUUUUUUUAGCUUUGACAAACACACAAAAGUGGUAAUAAAGAGAGCCCUCCUUCUCAACCCAAAAUGUGAGCCACCUGUGGCAAACUGCCCCCCACCUCCCAUUAACAAACCAACAGAC